AAGUUAAUGUUUGGUCUGAACGUACUGAAGAGGAAGGGUGGUCACUGGGAUCCUACCAACGCCAAAGAACUGCUGCAAUACAACAGUGCGAAGGGGUACCAACUGGCAGGCCUGGAACUCGGAAAUGAACCUGACAUAUUCCCUGAGAAACAUAACAUGACUGUGAGUGGCAGUCAGUUGGGUAUGGACUUCUACAACUUCAAGAAGCUGCUCCAAACGUCGCCAGGGUAUGAGAAAACACCAGUAAUAGGACCUGAUAUGGGGUCUGUAACGGGAUCAAGAACCCAGUUUUUUUGCUGAUUUCUUCACAGGAGGCGGGGACAAAGCCGUAGACAGGAUAACCUUCCACCAAUACUACACCAACGGCCAUACUGCACAAAUCUCUAAUUUCACCGAUUCCAAGUUGAUGGACCACCUGAUCUUUACUAUACAGACAGCGUUGGAUGUGACACGACGCACCAACCCACUUACCCCAGUGUGGCUGGGAGAGACGUCCUCCUGUUAUGAUAGCGGUGCUACUGGAAUCUCCGACAGAUACGUCGCUGGGUUUCUGUGGCUGGACAAACUUGGUAUUGCUGCCCGGAUGGGAUUGAAAGGAGUCCUCAGACAGGAUUUCUACGCCGGAAACUAUGGACUGAUUGACCAUGGCACCUUUGAUCCAUUGCCUGACUACUGGUCAACUGUCCUGUACAAGAGACUGGUGGGGGACGCCGUGUUUUCUGUGGAGGCGAGCGUGGACAACAGCACCAUCAGAGCCUACGCCCACUGCACAAAGCCAUCCUUUUCCUAUGGCUACGGGCCCGGAAGCGUGACGAUGUACUUCCUGCUGCCCACGGAUAACACUACCUCCAUUACGUUUCCACAAUUUCCCAACCAACCUGUAGAUGUGUUCUGGCUGACGCCAGUCGAUGGACUCACUAGCAAGACCGUGGCCUUGAACAACAACCCGCUAAAACUUGUCAAUAAUACGCUGCCGGAGCUGAAACCUUACAGGACGGGAAGAAACACUGUUACCUUCCCCGGGAAGUCAUUCGGGUUCCUCGUCUUCCCUGAGGCUGACGUGGCUGCCUGCAGUAGCCAGUGAUGAUGUUCACAGAAUGAUUCAGGAGAAUUUGCACUUGCUAUGAAAAUAAAUCUGAAUGUGUA